CCUCUCUCUGCCUGUCUCUGUUUUUUUCCCUCCCUCUCCUGCUUAGCUGCUUCUUUCACCAAGUAGUAAUGUUUUUGUGUUUCGUGUGGCAGUAAAACUUCCAACUCACUUAGCUCUGGUUUCUCAAUAAUGAGUUGGUGUGAAGAUAUCUCUCUAUUGUAAUAUCAAUAUCGAAAUAAGCAGAGAAAAAAGUGAAAAUGAAAGGUGCUAAGGGCCAACGCAAGUUAGUGAAAGCUAACAUUGCAGACGGUUCUACCAUCAUUGUUAAACAUCCACAACCAAAACACAGUAACCAAAUAAAUUCCAAAUCUAAAAAGGAGCCAAAUAAUCUGAGAACCUCCACUGCUUUUAACAACCCUCAACCAGAACAGGGUAUGGAUUUGUCUGUGGUGCCAAAUAAUUCCCAUCCGUCCUCAUCUUCCAGUAGUUCUAUUGUCUAUACAAAAGCUAAGAGAUACUCAACAGAGCCUCUGUCAGACUCACUAAAUUCCAGUGGACAAUUACAGAGAGUUUUAAAACCUGUGAAUGUGGUCGAUCCAUUGAUGGCAACCAGUGUUGAUAUGACAGUUAGUACUAAUAAUUUGGAUGGAGGCAACCAUUCUAAUACCAGUGCUGGAGAAACUUUGAGUGGUUCUGUGAUACCAUCUUCCAUUUCCCACCUUGAUUUAAUCAAUGGACCAAAAUGUUGGAGAGAUUCUUGUAAUGAUGAAAAGAAAUAUUUCCAACGAGAGAUUGAUUCAUUAAGAUCCCAGCUAGAUGUUCAAGUACAGGUGAAUAGUGAAUUAAAGAAAUUGCUGGUUGCCUCCCUUGGUGAAGAUUUACAAUAUCGAGUGGAGAAGCUGCUGAGGGAUAAAGCUCAAUUAUCUUUGGAAGUCGGUGGUUAUACAAAGAAAGUUUCAGAAGAUUAUGAAAACCUUGACCGAUUGUCCAUUCAAGCUGACAUUUGGAGAAGCAAAUUUAUGGCCAGCAGAGUUCUAAUUGAUGAACUGGCCAAAGGAAGAGGAUUGUUAUCUUCCCAAUAUCAAGAAUCUCAAGAUGCCAUUCAAAGGUUGUUAAACGAACGACAUGAAUUACAGUCUCACCUCAUGGAAUCUUACAAAUUUUUGAAGCAAGUCAAUGAGGCAUUUGAUCCACUGAAUUCUCAGAAUCUCUUCUCAUUACCAAACACUUCCAACAUUUUAGAAUUAGUUAAACUCAUACAACAGCUCUCUGAAGCCAUCCGUUUUCGUCUUCUGCCCGGGAGGGUCUCUUUACCAAGUUCUACAUCACCCCUUCAGUCCGGAAGCAAUUUUGCUGCUCAGAAUGCAUUAACUCCAGCCGAAGCUCAAGCACAAGAGGUUUUGUAUAAAGAAGUCAGUCAACUGAACGAAUCUACAAUGAAACGAAUCCAGUCAGUGAGGCUUCUACCCCCAGAUUCUUUAUGGAUGGACCGUUAUCAUCAUACUAUUCAGUACGAUAAUCUCACUAUAAACUGCUGUUCACAUUGUAAAGGAGACAUUUUUGUGGCAUAACUAUUUACAGAGUUCCCCAUAAUUCCACUGUCAUUAUUUAUCUGUUCCAUUCUAACUGUUUUGCUCAACUUUUAUCCAUUAAUCUUUGUAUUAUAUUGUUCCAGAUAAACUGUUUAUAACAUUGAA